GCCUCAUUCCAGCUGUCAGCUAUCUCUGUGCCUACGAUGAGAGCCUCUGGCCACCUCAGCCACCUUCCCGACGGUGGGUUUUGGGCCCCAGACAUGCGGUGAUCUCAAGGCAAGGACUGCCACCACCAUCUGGAACCUGCCAGCAUAUGCCUUAGGCUCCAGCAAUGAAUGCCCACUCCAAGGAGAUGGCGCCCCUCAUGGGCAAAAGAACCACGGCACCUGGCGGGAACCCUGUUGUACUGACAGAGAAGAGGCCAGCAGAUCUCACCCCCACCAAGAAGAGUGCACACUUCUUCCUGGAGAUAGAAGGAUUUGAGCCCAACCCCACGGUCACCAAGACCUCUCCACCCAUCUUCUCCAAGCCGAUGGACUCCAACAUCCGGCAGUGCCUCUCUGGCAACUGUGAUGACAUGGACUCUCCCCAGUCUCCUCAGGAUGAUGUGACAGAGACCCCAUCCAAUCCCAACAGUCCGAGCGCAAACCUGGCCAAGGAAGAACAGAGGCAGAAGAAGAAGCGACUGAAGAAGCGCAUCUUCGCGGCUGUGUCCGAGGGCUGCGUGGAGGAGCUGCGGGAACUCCUACAGGAUCUGCAGGACCUCUGCAGGAGGCGCCGCGGCCUGGAUGUGCCUGACUUCCUCAUGCACAAGCUGACAGCCUCAGACACCGGGAAGACCUGCCUGAUGAAGGCUUUGCUCAACAUCAAUCCCAACACCAAAGAGAUCGUGCGGAUUCUGCUUGCCUUCGCUGAGGAGAACGACAUCCUGGACAGGUUCAUCAACGCUGAGUACACGGAAGAGGCCUAUGAAGGGCAGACAGCGCUGAACAUCGCCAUCGAGCGGCGCCAGGGAGACAUCACAGCAGUGCUUAUAGCAGCGGGUGCUGACGUCAAUGCUCACGCCAAGGGGGUCUUCUUCAACCCCAAAUACCAGCAUGAAGGCUUCUAUUUUGGCGAGACACCCCUGGCUUUGGCAGCGUGUACUAACCAGCCUGAGAUUGUGCAGCUGCUGAUGGAGAAUGAGCAGACAGACAUCACUUCCCAGGAUUCCCGGGGAAACAACAUCCUGCACGCGCUGGUGACAGUGGCUGAGGACUUCAAGACUCAGAAUGACUUCGUUAAGCGCAUGUAUGACAUGAUCCUGCUGAGGAGUGGCAACUGGGAGCUGGAGACCAUGCGCAACAACGAUGGGCUCACACCACUGCAGCUGGCUGCCAAGAUGGGCAAGGCUGAGAUCCUGAAGUACAUCCUCAGCCGCGAGAUCAAGGAGAAGCCUCUCCGGAGCUUGUCCAGGAAGUUCACGGACUGGGCGUAUGGGCCUGUGUCAUCCUCACUCUAUGACCUCACCAAUGUAGACACAACGACGGAUAACUCUGUGCUGGAAAUCAUCGUCUACAACACCAACAUUGAUAACCGACAUGAGAUGCUGACCCUGGAGCCUCUGCAUACGCUGCUACACACGAAAUGGAAGAAAUUUGCCAAGUACAUGUUCUUCUUGUCCUUCUGCUUCUAUUUCUUCUACAACAUCACCCUGACCCUUGUCUCUUACUACCGUCCUCGGGAAGAUGAGGAUCUCCCACACCCCUUGGCCCUGACACACAAAAUGAGUUGGCUUCAGCUCCUAGGGAGGAUGUUUGUCCUCAUCUGGGCCACAUGCAUCUCUGUGAAAGAAGGCAUUGCCAUUUUCCUGCUGAGACCCUCCGAUCUUCAGUCCAUCCUGUCAGAUGCCUGGUUUCACUUUGUCUUUUUUGUCCAAGCUGUACUUGUGAUACUGUCUGUAUUCUUGUACUUGUUUGCCUACAAAGAAUACCUCGCCUGCCUCGUGCUGGCCAUGGCCCUGGGCUGGGCGAACAUGCUCUACUACACGAGAGGCUUCCAGUCUAUGGGCAUGUACAGCGUCAUGAUCCAGAAGGUCAUUUUGCAUGAUGUCCUCAAGUUCUUGUUUGUUUACAUCCUGUUCUUACUUGGAUUUGGAGUAGCGCUGGCCUCACUGAUUGAGAAGUGCUCCAAGGACAAAAAGGACUGCAGUUCCUAUGGCAGCUUCAGCGACGCGGUGCUGGAGCUCUUCAAGCUCACCAUAGGCCUGGGCGACCUGAACAUCCAGCAGAACUCCACCUACCCCAUCCUCUUUCUCUUCCUACUCAUCACCUAUGUCAUCCUCACCUUCGUCCUCCUCCUCAACAUGCUCAUUGCCCUGAUGGGGGAGACGGUGGAGAACGUCUCCAAAGAAAGUGAGCGGAUCUGGCGCUUGCAGAGAGCCAGGACCAUCUUGGAGUUUGAGAAAAUGUUACCAGAAUGGCUGAGAAGCAGAUUCCGCAUGGGCGAGCUGUGCAAAGUAGCAGAUGAGGACUUCCGGCUGUGUCUGCGGAUCAACGAGGUGAAGUGGACGGAAUGGAAAACACACGUGUCCUUCCUUAAUGAAGACCCGGGACCCAUAAGACGGACAGCAGAUUUAAACAAGAUUCAAGAUUCUUCCAGGAGCAAUAGCAAAACCACCCUCUAUGCGUUUGAUGAAUUAGAUGAAUUCCCAGAAACGUCGGUGUAGAUGCCUGGCUUAAGGCGGAUGUGAACCCUGUGGUUUGAUGCUGCAGGCUGAGCCCUGGUGUGCUGAAGUGCUAUGCAGAGUGCUAAACUAGAAGCAAAAUGCUCCUCACAUAGACUGGUGGCUGCUGAGGAGUGGCAGUCAGGAUCUGAAAGGGAAGCACCUUGGGUUGUGUGACUCCAGAGGUCAGGACAAUUCCAAGGCCAGCGGUUCUGAGUCUGGAAGUCUCCUGAUGCCCCAUGUGAGGAACCUGCAGGUUGGCUUGGCUCCAAGACAUACGUGCUGGAGAAGGAAGGAACUGGGGUCUGAGGAGUGGGGAGAGUGGUCUCCUCUCUACUACGAUCUGUUGUUGGGGCCAGCUUCUGCCCACAGACUCCUUCCUCCUUUAUCUCCCCAACUAUGACUGUGCUUCCUGAAUUUGUAGGGGACCCUGUCCCAGCGUGUGUAGAGGACCUGAGCUAAGUUGGGUCUACUUGGGUGAAGAGGGGAAUGAGCUACAGAAUGCCCUUACUGAGCCUCCAGGAAACAGGAAACUGGACUCUAUCCUUGGAUUGAAAUCCAAGGCUAAACCUAUCUCCAACUGAGAGAUGCUUAAAUAGUGUAACUGACACAAAGUUUUUAUUUUUAGUUCAGAAAAGCCAUUUCAGUUUUGAAUGAAAUUUACUUCAGAUGAAGUAGGCAACUUUAAAAGCUAAGAAACAGAUUUUGGGCUUUUGGACUGAAUGUAAGUAUUAUAUACUAGGCUUCAGGUGGCCAGGAUCAGGACAAUAAACGUUUCUACACACACACACACACACACACACACACACAAAGCCUGAGGGAGACAGGCUGUGAUCUGGGGGAAAGGUUUGGGGUCCAUCCUCUUUGAGUCUCAUCCAGUGCUGGCCUCACUUUAUCUGAGUCAGAAAUAGCAGCUGACCUAUUGAGAGGGUCUUAAAACUCAGAGAUGGCUAGCAAGCACUCCAGUGUUUCCCACUGGGGAAAUCAGCAGAUGCCUAAAACACACUGCUAGUUUUUGUUUACUGUGAAUAUUGAAACUGUACAAGAGGCUUCUGAGGGGAGAAUAUCUGCCAGACUUAGGGCUUAUUUCAGAUCCUCAGCCUCAGAUUUUUUUUUUUUCUCCUUGAAAUUUCAGAGUCAGUUUGGUAGAGUAGAGGUGGAGAUUGGAGAAUUUCUCCAAUGACUAGAACUGAAAUAGUCUCCCCUGUCCAACUCCCUCUCUUCUAACCUACACUCUCCUCCAACCUACACUCUUCUGUUAUUUAGUAAAAGGAUUCAUGUAGAAAGAUUUGAGAUGGAACUAUAGAUGACUAUGAAGAUUUUUUUAUGUUAAAUGGGUUGGAAAUAAGUUGGGCCUUUACAAAACUUGGCAAUUGUUGAGCUAAUCAGACUAGAGACCAGACAAAGAAAGCAGUCCACUCUGGCAGGUUUCUCCAUUCUAGAAAGUUCCAAGUACCAGCAUAGCUGGACAGGUGAAAAGUUGGUCAUUCCAUCCUGAAUGGCCUGGUGGGAGAGAUGGUGGUGGAUGGUACAGCAUGGACAGCUGCCCAGUCUGCAGCAGCCACUACCUGCACAACCUUCUGGAUUCUCUAUUGCUCAAAGAUCACACUCAAGUAGGGGAAGAUGACAAAGCAUGUGUCUUUGGAAAAGCAAAAACCUGAGGGGGACAUCAUGGGAAGAAGGAGAAGAAGUGCUCCUGAUGGGCAGAAAUAGUGAGAGAACUGGUUUGAGAUUUUGGUUCAGUUCAGUAGACAGCUGCUUCAGGAGUUUAGAAGAGUUCAAGAAAUGGGCUAGUACUUGUUGGGAAGAUGUUGAAGAAAGCAACUAGGUGAAUCUUAAGAUGCUGAGACAUUCUACAGACCAGUAUUCCAUAGCUGGAGUCUCCUUGAGUUAUCCUGAACAGAAGUCCCUGUUUAAAGGGCAACCGCUGGUUCCAGGGAGCUGGGAUUCCAGCUUUGCAUUGCCUUGGAAGGCAGUAGUUCAAACCACGUAGCUUUGCAUUUCCCACUUGGAUGGAAGGUGUGGCAAGUUGGGCAGAUAGAAAUAACUAGCUUCUCAAGUGUUGUGGAGACUGUUUUCUGUGGAUCUGGAUGGAAUUUGUUGGCAAACCCAUUUCUGAAUUGGCUAUUCAUCUAAAUGUGGGACCCCACCCCCCAAGAUGAAGGCUUUCACCCCAGAGGGUCAAGCUAAGAAGGCUCAUCAAAGCAAGGAAAGGCAUCUCAACAAAUGGUGUCCUGCUCAAAAGGGCCAAAUCCCUCAUUAUACAUGUGGAGACUCAGGCUCUGGAAUGAACAUAGACUUGUUCAAAGUCAUGUCAGAGCAGGUGAGGCUAGGAUACCCUGAUUUCUGGGCCACAGGGAUAUUUCUGCAGUUUUUAAUCAUUGGGUCUUUUUGUAGUUGCCACAUUAGGGGGUAGUUUUUUUUUUUUUUUCUUUUCUCUUAUGAUUUGGAAGUUAUCAUUGUCCUUACAACCUAAUGACAAGUCUAAAGAUCCAAUGUGCCUAAAGCCACACAAUAACAACAAAGAUAGCAAGAAUACACACACACCACUGACUCUUGUUGGCCUAUCAGGACAUCUUAAAACUCCAUGAUUUACAUUUCAGUAAUUUAGGGGGAAGAGGUUUUCUGGGGAUGGGCCUGAGCAUGCUUCGGUAGUAGUUACAAGCCCUGGUUUACACCUCAGGAAGAGUUUUGUAUUGCAGACAUUAUGCCAUGUGUCUGUUUAGAAUAACAUGGGUGCUUCCUUCCUUCCUGGUGUGGGGAGAAGGAAUAAAAGCUGUACUGUGAAGUCAUUGAGCUCUCAGGCAUCUGCCCACGAGAGUGCAGUAUUACUGUGGUUCCUUUCCUUCCUCAGGGCCUGGUGACUGCUCCCCCUUUGCUCUGGAUGAGGCACAGGGAGACAGGCCCUCACCAGAGUCUGUAAGCCAUACUUGACUUCUGCGUUGAUUUACAUGUUGUUAUUUUAUAUGUACUGUGAUCUUGGUUCCAGACACAGAAUUAUUGUCGUAUUCUCACGAGAUGUGCUGAUCAUUGUAUAACUUAACUUAUAGAAUUGUUUUUAGUGUUGUUUGUGUGAAACUACAUGCUCAAGAAAUCAUAAAGAGUUAAGACUACUUUGGUCUCAUUGAAAUACUGUUUUGAUUUCCAAUAAAUAUUUAUUUUGUCAUGUUA